AUGGAGGAUCAACGCAACGUCGCGAGUCAGGAAACCAUGGAUAUCCUCCAUGACCUUUCGCAACUGCUCAACACCGGUCUCUCACGAGAACAACUGCGCGCCUGCGUAGAGCUGAUCGAAAGUGGCGUCAAUGCUGAAGCUGUUGCUGCGAUCGUCGAGAACCUCCGCAAGGAAGCCGCAAAACGCUAG